AUGUUUCGUAGAUAGAUAUCACGUUGAUGGUGGUGGAAAGAGAGAGGGAGAUCGAAGAGAGAGAAGUGAGAAAAUGGUGGUGGAAAGAGAUAUUGAUGAUUUGCCGAAGAACGCCGCUAACUACACGGCUUUGACGCCUCUCUGGUUCCUGGAAAGGGCGGCGUUAGUUCAUCCAAAUCGCAAAUCACUAGUCCAUGGAUCCAUACACUACACUUGGCUCCAAACUUAUCGCCGUUGCCGCCAACUCGCGUCUGCUCUUUGUCAAAGAUCGGCCAGCUUCGGAAGCACAGUGGCAGUUAUUGCUCCCAAUGUCCCUGCUCUAUAUGAAGCUCAUUUUGGAGUUCCAAUGGCAGGAGCUGUAAUCAACCCUGUAAAUAUUCGUCUAAAUGCAUCGACGGUUGCUUUCCUUUUAGAGCAUUCAUCUUCUGCAGUGGUGAUGGUGGAUCAAGAGUUCUUCUCGUUGGCAGAGGAAGCUUUAAAAAUAUGGGCUGAUAAAAGCAAAAGUAUAUUUAAGGCUCCACUAUUAGUUGUCAUAGCUGAUGAUACAUGUGAUUCAAAGUCUCUGAAAUAUGCAUUGAGCAGAGGAGCAGUUGAAUAUGAAAAGUUCUUGGAAACCGGUUGCCCUGAAUUCGCAUGGAAAGUUCCAGAAGACGAGUGGCAAAGCAUUUCUCUAGGAUAUACUUCUGGUACAACGGCUAGUCCUAAGGGAGUGGUAUUGCAUCACAGAGGAGCGUAUCUAAUGUCUCUCAGUAAUUCUCUAAUUUGGAGUAUGAAUGAAGGAGCUGUUUACUUGUGGACCUUACCCAUGUUCCAUUGUAAUGGCUGGUGCUUCACUUGGACUCUCGCCGCACUUUGUGGCACAAGCAUUUGUCUUCGACAGGUCUCGGCAAGUGCAGUUUUCCAAGGAAUAUCAGAUCACGGCGUGACCCAUUUCUGUGCUGCACCCGUGGUUCUAAACACAAUCAUAAACGCAUCUCCAGAAGAAACUAUUCUCCCACUCCCACAUCUCGUACAAGUAAUGACAGCCGGUGCAGCCCCACCUCCUUCGGUCCUCUCAUCAAUGUCAAACCUCGGUUUUCGAGUCACCCACACAUAUGGCCUUUCAGAAACAUACGGACCCUCAACCGUAUGCGCCUGGAAACCCGAAUGGGACAAUCUCCCCUCACAAACACAAGCCCGUCUCAAUUCCCGCCAAGGCGUUCGUUACAUCGCGUUGGAGGGAUUAUCCGUGGUGAAUACCCACGAUAUGACACCCGUACCCUCAGAUGGAAAAACAAUCGGAGAGAUUGUAAUGCGGGGGAAUGGCGUGAUGAAGGGAUAUUUGAAAAACGAGAAAGCCAACGAAGAGGCUUUCCGUGGCGGGUGGUUUCAUUCGGGCGAUCUCGGAGUGAAACAUGAAGAUGGGUACGUGGAAAUAAAGGAUAGAGCGAAGGAUGUAAUUAUAUCGGGUGGAGAGAAUAUAAGUAGUGUGGAGAUUGAGAAUGUUUUGUAUUUGCAUGGGGCGGUUUUGGAGGCGGCGGUUGUGGCUAGGGCGGACGAGAGGUGGGGGGAGUCGCCGUGUGCGUUUGUUACGGUGAAGAAAGGGGUUGACGGAUCAGAUGAGCGUCGGUUGGGUGAGGAGAUAAUUAAGUUUUGUAAGUCGAAGAUGCCGGGGUAUUGGGUUCCAAAAUCUGUUGUUUUUGGACCUCUUCCUAAAACGGCUACGGGGAAGGUGCAAAAGCAUUUGUUGAGGACUAAGGCUAAGGAAAUGGGUCCUGUUAAGAUGAGCAAACUCUAAACUGGGCGAUUUGAUUCAAUAAUUUGUUUGUCCAUCAUCAAUGGCACUAUUGGCAUGAUUUUAACUCACUGUUUCAAUGAUCCAUGCUGCAAGCAUAUUAUGUAAGUGAAAGUGCAAAAUUAAAAAACCAAAUAUAACUAUUUGACUCAAGAAAAGUUAUUAGAUCCUUAAACGAAUCAACAUAUUUAUCG